CUCUUUUGUUCGGUAUAACACCUAUGUUUACUGAAUCCGUAGCUACCUCUGGACGUAUUUUCGUCGAAUUUGUGAUGCCACCUUUCAGCUAAUCACAUGUCCACCGCGCUCUUCUGAUCUUAUCCACGAACAGGUGACUGGUGCCAUCUGGUCGUCUGAUUAGUAAAGAUCUAUUAGAAGCACCACCAAUAAGACUGGCUUGGCUUGACUGGUAUUAGACUUAGAACACGGUGAGCCCUGUGGGCUCAUGGUGAUAUGUAAUGAAAAUUUGUAAUACUUCUUGCAUCUGUUCCAACAUGUCUAGCCAGUGCCAAUAAAUUUUACGUAGGAGAUGUGAAGCAGCCACCGAGAACUACUUGCAGGUCGUUUUCUGCCGAUUUUGUAACUAGAAUCGGAGCGAACGAUUGCCAUAAUUAUCCAAAGUAGUUAUCCAAUUACAUAACAGGCUAUCCCCCAGCCAAUUAGGUAAUAAGCCGCAACAAACUUACGCGACAUUUUAAAAUUGUGUUGUUCAAAGACCAAAUCCUUGAAAAAAAGUGCUAUUUAAAGGUCGAGAAAAAGACAUCUGCGUACACCUUGGCUUUAAAGCGUUUCGUGUCAUCUUUAUACUACUAUCAUGACUGUUUUCACUGAGACAAUGAUCGGCUGUUUCGUAAAACCGAUUCGUCAAUGGUUAAAGGAUGGCUCGUAUUUUAUAUAACACGGGUAAAGACUUGUUACUGCGACGGCUAAGCUGGCUAAGCAUUAUUUCCAAUGUACUAUCCUCACCGUACUUGGUUUUCAAAGUGAAUUUGCUUUUUCGCUACCGUCACUGUGCAACGUUAAUCUUGCGGAGACUGAAGAUCGGAUAAACCACAUUCUCUAUAAUUUGGUUACAUGUUUGUUAAGUAGUUGUGAUUUCCGGGCGGUGUGUGCUAAUGGCUGCUAGCAGUAAUCGGUGCAAAUGGGAAGUGUAUUUUCAGAAUUCAUAAGUUGCGUCUAUUAUAACCUUUGGAGCCAAUGUUGAAGUAGUGAAUCUACAUGCCGUUUCAAUGUCAGACUUUCCUUACAGUCUACAUAGUAAUUCUGAUUGCUACCGCGCGUCGGAUGGAGAAACUUUGAUUUUUUUCAAACGAAUAUUUGUGUACGGUAUAAAUCGUGAUCUAAAUCUCCUGAUAAGGAUGUUGUAUGGAUGGUCAUAUUACGCCUAAAGUAGACGCCUGAAAUUCAUAUUUGGUACUACCAGUGAGGCGAAAUUUUGGUUAAAUGUACAUAUAUAAUUACCAUCAUUAAAGUAUCAGCAGGCUUGUCUUCGAACAGCGCCGGGCGUUUGGAGCCUUCGACUAACUAAUGGUAACUCUUAUAGAAGUUCUAUUUUAACAGAAAUUGUGUUCUGGUCUGCGGGAAAAAGUAAAUCAGCAACCUGGAAUUUGAAAAUAAUUUCGUCUUGAUAGAGGCGGACAAUUUCUGCCUAACUUGGGAACGUCUGGCAUUCCACUAAUAAUAUUUUUCAUUAUAGGUGGCCAUUGCGUGCAAUGCUGGGGCGCGUUUUGAGGCUCGGUGUGGCUGGGGCUAUGGUUGGAGGCUUCUAUGUCUCAUAUCGGGACAACGAUCUCAAGCAUCUUGGUGUAUGUCGAGUUGCCCGGUCGGCGAUAGCCGUCGGAAGUAUUGUAAUCGACUAUAAGGCCUCGUUCCGAAAUUUGAAGGAGACUGAUGAGCAAUAUGCUGAUACGCGCCAUGGCUUUCACCAGCGCUGUGCGGAAAGAUUGUUGAAAUUAUGUUGUGCCAAUGGCGGCUGCUAUAUCAAAGUUGGACAGCACAUUGCGGCAUUAGAGUAUCUCGUUCCUGAGGAAUAUACCACCACGCUAAAAGUCCUUCACGCAAACGCUCCCCAGUCUACACUAAGCUCAGUGAGAAAGGUGAUCAAGGAAGAAUUUGGCAAAGAGCUUGAGGAAAUCUUUGAAGAAUUUGAUGAGGAACCGCUAGGCUGUGCGUCACUAGCCCAAGUUCAUAAGGCUAAGCUGAGGACCAGUGAAAACAAUAAUGGUGGGAAAACUGUGGCAGUCAAAGUGCAGCACAAUGACGUCUACCAGAACUCAUUCACAGAUAUGAAGGUUAUGGAACUUUUGGGCAGACUUGUUGACUGGGGCUUUCCUGAAUUUUCGUUGCUGUGGCUCGUUGAGGAAACAAAGAUUAAUCUUCCAAAGGAACUAGAUUUCGCUCAUGAGGCUGGCAACUGCAUAGAGGCCAAAAAACGCUUAAAUCACCUGCCAUGGUUACGAGUACCGUUUGUGUGGGAACAAUGGACAACGAGGCGAGUUCUUGUAAUGGACUUCGAACAGGGUGGCUUCGUUAACGACAAAUCGUACUUGUUGAAACAUAACCUGUCACCAUACAAGGUCGUCGGAAGACUGGGCCAAAUGUACUCCGAAAUGAUUUUUGAGCAGGGCUUCGUGCAUUGCGACCCGCAUCCCGGCAAUAUUCUUGUAAAUCCGAACGGUGACCUGAUUUUACUUGACCAUGGUUUGUACUCCAGACUGUCGACGAAGUUUCGUGAGCAAUACGCUCGUCUGUGGUUAGCAAUAAUAGAUGGAGACGUAAAAGGCAUUGAGAGUGUCGCUAUAGAAAUGAAGGUACCCGCUAAUCUGACAAAGAUAUUUACCAGUAUUGUGGCGGGUCGUCGAUGGAAAGCGGUUGCACAGGGCACUCUUAGCCAGAGCGGCAAUGCAUCUGAACUUCGCGAAAUCAAGGAAUUCGCUUCGCGACAUAUUGAUCUAAUUAACGCGGUCCUUCGAGCAGUACCACGAGAAAUGCUCCUGUUAUUCAAAACCAACGACCUGUUGCGAGGCAUCGAAGCCUCGUUAGGUACUCGGCACGCAGCCAAAUCGUUCGUGACUAUGGCUCAAUGUUGUGUUCGGGGCGUUUACGCUCGGAAGCUACAUGAACCGAAACUAUUAGCAGUGAAUCGACUAAUGUUACAUGUACAGGAAUGGUUCUACCUCAUUAGAAUAUCUAUUUAUCAAUGGCUCCGAUGGUUCAUGUUCACGUUAGCCGAUAGCUUUCAGUUUAGUAAAUAAUUAUAUCGGCUUAAGUGUUUUAUAAUCGCCGCUCUAUCCACCAUGGAUGCGCAAAGCUGUUUGCGAAUGAAGUGUUUUUCUAAAUUAUUCUUCUCUAUUUUCGAUAUUAUAUUAAGUCUUUUCUAUUCUCAUUACUGAAGCUAAACCUAAUAAUAACUCGUUUAUGGUAGUAUGGUGUUUCGAAACGAAAUCUGUUCGACAGUAGAUGAAGCGGAAACUUAAUCAUCAAGGACGAACGCUUCGUAUGUAUGUUAAUAUUAAAAUACAAUGAGCGUGUUAUUUCUGCUACUUGUUAGAAUAUAUUUGUCGCUUGUCGACAUCAAGUACUCAUUAUAAGCUAUUUUAUUGCUAAAUCUUUUUGAUUUUUGUAAUAAUCCGAAUGAUUCGUAUAUUGUAGAAUGGGCUAGGAAAUAAAUUUCUGUACGAUUGUCACACGUUUGUGUAUCUUUCCUGGGCAUGCUUGUACGUCUUGAUUUAUUAACAGUAUCAAUACAAGUUGACAAGUUUGCUUAAAUGUCUCAUAUACAUUUUUAAUAAAUUAUUCUACAUAUAGACGACAAGCGAGGCGCUUUUGGCUACUUGUCGGCACGUGGUUAUCUGAAACACAAAACGCUAUUCUAUGCACAGGCUUUUUCCUACUCGUCGUGGCAGUUCAAUAGAAAAUCGAAAGUAGGUCUUAACUCUAAUGAGUUCCUGUGAAAGUAACUAAAUGGUGACGACAACCGUGACAGCAACUGUGAACGCGUUGUCCAUCAAGGUGUGCGUCUAGCCAUAGCCUCAAUGGUAAAUAUCGCAAAUGUAGUUUCAGCUGCGGUGUACCUCUGUAGGGUAUUACCUAUUGAAACAGUGAAAUUACUAGUAGAUACGACAAUCAGCUUUUUUCACAUUGAAGAUAGCCAUGUACGUGCGUAAAUGGACCUAAAUAUUGUACGACUAAAAUUAGGUGUUGCCUCAUUAUAGUUUGCGAGCGGUAAUUGCUACGUAGGUUGUACUAAGCCUGACAAAGCUUCCCAAACCCAUAGCCGUGUGCAAAAACAGACGCGACAAUCCCGCGAGGGUUGUGCAGAGGGCGCAUGUCUAUUGCGAGAUAGGGCGUAGCGUGAAGUGUAACAAUCACGCUAAAAACCCCUUAUGGCAUAAACGGUUUUUACUAUUCUACCGCUUUCUAAUGCACUAUUUAUCAGUCAUUCAGUCGCUAACAACAGAAAACAACAGAAAAACAACAGGAAAUGUAGGUCCAUCUAGGAGCGAGCGUUGCAUGUUUCAAGUAAAAACCAGAUCUCGUAGUAGAUUUUGCCGUUUCCACCACCCCAUGUAUUCGCUUAUAUCCCAUCAUAGAAACAUUCUUAUUUACUGCAUCUAACCAGACGUCUUUAAACGUUGUUUAGCGGAUCGUUCUUGUUUAGUACGGGCUGACGAUGGCUGUUCGGAACAGAUUGGUAAUUGCGCCACUUUUGAGCAAAUGUUCACAGAGAUCAGAAACGCGAUCUGGGUUUUCAGAUGGUACUUAGAUAUUUCUAAAAAAAGAACCAGGCAGAAACUCUGGUGUUUUGCUUCGCCUAUUUGCCAGCUUCAUGACGUCCAUCAUUAAUUGAUUGGCCUAAAAUUAGCGUUGUUGGCCAUACGUUGUCAACGGUUAUUACGUGUAACAUGAGCAUCUGUUCUUCCUUCACUAUUAAAGGAUUUUGUUAGGACAAAGAGCUUAUUGAAUAAAUCUGAAUUGCGAAAACGGUGUUUUCGCUUAUGGUGUUUACAUCACAUCACCGUUGUUAUCUCGGGCGGAAUGCGUCGAUUCUGGCUCAUUGACCGACUAGAUUAAUACGAUCCUCACGGGUAACUUUCCUACGGUUUGAUAAUUCAAUACAUGAUACGCUAUCAUUCAAUCUCGAUAAUAAAGCUUUUACAUCCUUAUUUGAACGUUUUUCACAUCAGAUCUUGCUAAUAACUAAACUUGGAUGAAGUUUAAUUCGAGCCAUGCCAGCUUAGGUGCUAGCCUGAAUUCUAGUUUUCGGAUUGUGCAUAGAGAGGUCAUCUUCCGUUACGGUUGGUUUGAUUAAAAUUGCCUCAAUGUCAACCCGUGGAUAUUUUCACUAUUGCAGUAGUGCUCCAAACGUCAUUAUCGAGUGUUCUGUAGAUGUUACUAGCAGGUCUUCGACAUAAAGAGGCCUGCAGGGGCGUCGAUACGGAAUCACUCCUAUAAUAGAAGGGUCAUUGGCCGUCAUGAAAGGCUUCUUGGUUCGUGGCCGGAGUAGGCAAUGGCAGAGCCUUGGGUUUCAAGGUAAUAUCAGCAGAACGCCAUUCUCUCUAUUGCUGAGGGUUCUACCAUCUCUGCGGUUAUCGUUUUUUACUUCAUUCAGUUUGUUGCUUGUUAGUAGCUACGCAAUCUAGUCAUUGUAAACAUAAAGCUUGCUAUUGGAUCUCAGUACGAUGAGGACUGUAUGAUGCACAAUUAUCAGACGACUGAGUUCCCUUACAAAUAGAUUUUCUAGUCCGUUCAUUGCGCCGUCAAAAUUGUAUAUCGUCCAUUGGCCGACAAGCCGAUGGCUUUACAGAGAUGACCACAUCGAGCUCACCUCCGUGCAGUGCCUUUACGGGCCUAUAUGCUACUGGAUAAUGGAACUUUCGGCGCAUGUUCAACUUAAACUUUUAUUAUUUUAUAGUAUGUGUCUUUUUGAUAAAUGCACUCACAGGCUCAAUUGAAUGCAAAAAAAAAAACGACAGCUCUAAUACUUUAGAUUUUGUUGUCACUCCUUCAUAUUCUUAGGCUCAUUUGCGAAAUCUUGAUAAGUGACUAGUUACUUUUAUAUUAUAUCCGCCUCGUAGGUCUAUUGUUCGAUGUGUGGUUCAAGUUUAUGAAUCACUGCUUGGGAGCGUGACGAGAUUGCUUGUAACUGCACAGAUGUCCAGAUUAGGCACUACACAGUAUAUACAAUAUAUACACUAAAACGAAUUCCAUUUUGAUAGGUUAUAAUAGAGUGCAAAUAGAUAGCAUUUUUUUCGAAACAAUAUUGUAGAAUUUGAUCGGCACACGUGUUAUCUUCACUAAUCUUUGUCCAUUAGUCUAUUUGUGUUCAAAGAUUAUGCCAGUGACUGGGUUUUCAUGCCUCGACUCGCAUUAGUAGCUCGAAUAUAUGUAGAGAGCCCAAUAUCUGCACUAUCUAGCAUUUUAGCCUUUCAAUUUCACAAAAGGGGAAUUUCACAAAAGUAGAAGAUCAAAAAAAAAGUCCAUUUGUCAUAAACCUAUCUCACAUGAGCCGAGGACACCGCUUAGAGUAGAACAAUCAGGCAAAUCUAAUCUGUACCGAGAGAAAUCCAACGAGUUCCUGCGCCAGUCGAUACCAGAGAGAUGCCAGAGAAACCACAUCAAUGUUUCGAAAUAACCAUCAACGGAGAAGUAUUAUUAAUGUAUAUAUAUAUAUAUAUAUAUAUAUAAAGAUCUCUUAAGAAGAUCAUUGAGGUUAUUAUAUUUCCUUUGGCCAAACCGUUUUAGAGUACUAUCGUUUCCUAAUGAUUUUUCGAAACCAAUUUAUCGUAAUGAUGUAGGAAAAAUGCGAAAUUAGUAUGGCAGCAUCACCGUCAAAAUCCGUUUUCCACGUAAGCAUAUGAGAGUGUAUUAAACGUUUUUAAUGGAUUGACAGACAGGCAUUACAGACCUCGAUGACAGCUGCAUUUGAUUUUUAAGAAAUUUCAUUUGUUUUUUAUUAGUCUAAAAGAUCGUCACGAAGAAGAAAUGGCUCAAAUGACAGAAAGUAUUAAAAUGCGACUCGUUUUAUAUCAGCGAAAAUUGGAAGAGGGAUGUUUAAUUGAGAUUGUUUUCUGUAGGCCUAAAUCCGGGACUAUUAGUUUUUUUUUUAAUGGCAUAUGAGACGCAAAUGAAUAUUUGGGCUUGAGCUUAAGUAAAAAAGAUACGAUCGUAGCAUAUAUUAUUAUGUGUACACUGGACGCUCUUUAAGCCAACGUCUUUUUUGUAUAGCAUUAUUUGUUCGGCAAAAUUAUUUGUUAUCAUCAGGCAUACUAUGCUUUUCCGUUGAUAAUAUUAGAUGAUGUGCAGUUACACGGGUCUAUAGAAAUGAUAUUACGGGUCAGAGUUCGCGUCUACCUACAGAUCUGAAGAACUCUGCAUUUAAUACACACUUACCAUCAUGCUGUAUAACUUGAGGCAAAUUCCAAUGGAAACUUUAAAAAAAUUACUGCUACAUUUGUUACCGAUGUAACGAUUGGAAGAGUGAAAAUCUUUAGCGUUCCUUUUCGGGUCCUUGCAGGUGUCUAUGUAAAUGACCAAACAUUUGAGUAUUAUUAUUCAACUGUGACUAUAGGGUAAAAGUAGCACGAAUCGCGUCCUCAUAAGAUCAAUGAGAACGGCGCAAGGGGUGAAAAAUUUUAAUCCGACCGCAUCUAAGCGUGUGCAUAUAUCUGGUUUUUGUA